AUGGUCCAGGCGGCACCUGAUGCUAUGUGGUGUAGAGUCUUCCCGGCCACUUUGGAAGGACAUGCACGAGCCUGGUAUUCAAGCUUGGCGCACUGGUCGAUUGCUAAUUUCGGACAGCUUCGGAACAAGUUCUUGGCGCAUUUCGCUCCCCUUCGGAGACACCGAAGAUCAACCAUGACCCUUGUGAAUCUCAAGCAGAACCAAGGGGAAUCAUUAACAGAUUUUGUGGCUAGAUUUAAUAUAGAGGUAUUGAGCAUUGAGAAUCUUGACCAAAGUAUUGUCAUGGUGGCCUUUCAGAAUGCCUUGAGGGCUGGUCCUUUUAUCCAAUCACUGGCUAAGAGGCCUCCCCAGACGUUCACGGAGAUUCUAAGUCGAGCCACCAAGUACAUUAAUGCUGAGGAGGUAAUGCGGGCCAAGAGAAUUGAAUACUCGGAUAAGAAAGAGAAGAAAAAUUAG